CUGUCUUAAUAUGGAUGACAAUUUUUUUCUUAGAAAUUAGCAAUUUAAAUUCUAUUGUUUGCUGAUUGUUUAAUUAGUAUAUAUGUGAUGAUGUUUCUGAUUUCGAGUCAGUUGUGCCUUAAAGAGAGAGAACAUCUAAAGUAGUUAAAAACGUGUGUAAACUUACGUAACAAUCACACUUACGUUCAGCUAACUUCAAUAAAUCAAAUAAUGGAUGUAAACAUAAUACAUUACUUUUUAAUUUUUAAUACAGUCCUAAUGGGUUUGCUAUCGUUCUUACAUGCUUACAUAGAACCUUAUUUAUCUAGAGUAUUAGUUCGCCUUUUUCUCUAUGGGAAGUAUAAUUUAAAGACCAUCCGCCAUCCAAUAAUAGCAAAAUUCGAAAUGCCUAAAAGAUAUUUUGGACAGUUUUAUGCUCUCUAUACACCAAUUUAUUUUAUUUUGUUUUGUUUAAUUUUAAAUAAAUAUCUUUAUAAUAAAAGUGUUCCUGAAAGAUUGCUUUCAUUAUUAGAUGCAACAUUAGGAGCAUCAAGAAAACCCUUAGUUCCAGCGGAAAGCACAAUUUUAUCAAUUUUGAUUGUUACAAUACACGUUGCGAAAAGGGCAUAUGAAACAUACUAUGUCUGUGUAUAUAGUGACACAAGUAUUAACAUUUAUUUAUAUGUAUUUACAUUUUUAUAUUACUUAACGUUAAUGUUAUCUUUAAUAGGAGAAUCAGAAGGAUUUGUCAGAAGUUCGCAAGCGAGUUUUUCCUUCCAUAAAUUUACAACUAUACAAUUUAUAUGUGCAUUUAUAUUUUUAUGGUCAACGUAUAUGCAACUUAGAUCGAAUUAUAUUCUUGCGGGAUUGCGCAAGAAUAAGCAUGGCGAUGUUGUAACCAAAGAACACAAGAUACCGUUUGGUGAAUUAUUCAAUUACGUAUCGAGUCCGUUACAACUUACGGAAAUAUUGAUGUACCUAAUGCUGUCCGCGAUCCUUUGGCAAUCUACUACAAUUCAUUACUUUACUAUUUUCGUUAUUAUGAAUCAGGUCGAAUGUGCGAUUUUGGCUAACCAUUGGUAUCGAAACACUUUCAAGAAUUAUCCGAAAGAGAGAAAACUCUUAAUUCCUUACAUCUGGUAAUUUAUUAUGUGAAUUUAACUUUCUCACAAUCAGUACGAAAGAAUUAAAAAUAUAUACACUGCUGUCGAAAAGUUUCCGGACAGGAGUAUAAGUUGGGAAAAUUCGAUGUCCAGCCUUUGUAAUUUUGAGCCCAUUGAAGUCUGUUUGUCUUGUUCUCAUGUCGGAGGAGCGAUUUUUUAGAAACUGCCUCAAAAGCUAGCUUUGUGUAAACGAUCAGUAGUUAUCAUUCUAAUGUUCAUGAUUUUUAUUAAACCGCUAUUGGAUUUCCGGUAAGGAAAAUUUGGUGCAAGCCUUUAUUACUGCCGGUACUAAAAUUGAUUUUUUCGAAACGAGAAAUAGCAUCUUUUAUGAAGGUAAACCGCAGUAUUUCAU